AUGACCAACCAGAGCUGCCAACAGUUCAUCUUGUUGGGUUUCUCAGAUAGACCCAGACUAGAGGAGAUCCUCUUCGUGUUUGUCCUCAUCUUCUACCUUGUAACCUUAGUAGGCAACAUUGUCAUGAUCUUGGUUUCCCACCUGGACCCUUGCCUCCACAAGCCCAUGUACUUCUUCCUCACCAAUUUGUCCUUCCUAGAUCUCUGCUUCACCACCAGUUCCAUCCCCCAGCUGCUUUUCAACUUAGGUGGCUCAGACAAGACCAUCAGUUAUGCAGGUUGUGCCAUCCAGCUCUUCAUGUUCCUGGGACUGGGUGGCACAGAAUGUGUUCUCUUGGCAAGCAUGGCUUAUGACCGCUUCACUGCAAUCUGCAAGCCCCUCCACUAUGCUGUCCUUAUGCACCCUUGGCUCUGCUGGAAGUUGGUGUCUAUGGCCUGGGCUAUUGGGAUCUUCAACUCUCUGGUUAUGUCCCCAGUGACCAUGAAGUUGCCACGGUGUGGGAGAUGUCAGGUGAAGCAUUUUCUCUGUGAGAUGCCAGCUCUGAUAAAAAUGGCCUGUGUGGACACAGUGGCUGUGGAGAGCACUGUUUUUGUCUUAUCAGUAAUGAUUGUCCUGGUGCCCCUGUCACUUAUUCUUAUCUCUUACAGCUACAUAACCCUAGCAGUGCUGAGGAUCAAGUCAGCCGCAGGAAGAAGGAAGGCUUUCAACACGUGUGGGUCCCAUCUCACUGUAGUCUCCUUGUUUUAUGGGAAUAUUAUCUAUAUGUAUAUGCAACCAGGAAAUAAUUCUUCUCAGGACCAAGGGAAAUUCCUCACUCUCUUCUACAACUUGGUGACCCCCAUGUUGAACCCCAUCAUCUACACACUGAGAAACAAGGAUGUAAAGGGUGCACUGAGGAGGCUUGUGUCUAGAAAGUAA